AUGGAGACGAAAUCAAAGCCAAACUUCAUCGUCGGCUUCGCGUAUUUACUCGCGACGCAACUCACGUCGAAACUUUUACCGUUCUUCAUCAACACCCUGGUGGCCCGCCGACUCACGCCGGAGGAGUUCGGCGUUCCAACCGUGCACUUUUAUCUGCUGUCCACGGCGAUUCUCACCACCCGCGAAGGCUUUCGUCGAGCACUGAUGAGAGAUUCCGUGAAGGACGCCUCGCUCGGGUACGCCUGGCUCGUACUUCCGAUCGGUGGCUUUCUUUCCAUCGUCAUUCCUCUGGGCGUGAUUUGGUCGCAAAACAUAUCCACCCGCGAACCGUACGGCUUGGCGCUACUCUACUACGGCGCCGCAGCGUUCAUCGAACUGUGCGCGGAGCCAUAUUACAUUCGAGCGAUGCGAAUGUCGGCGUUCAAGCUGAGACUAUUCGCAGAAACCACGUCCACGGUCCUUAGAAGUGUCUUGACGUACGCGCUGGUUUCAGCGAACCAAAACAACGUCGUCAUGGCGUUUGCGUACUCGCAGUUGCUGUACGCCAUAUCAAUGGCGGUGAUAUACGUAUGUGCUACGACGAAAGCGCCGGAGAAGUCGAUGUUGAGAGAUGGUGCAACAGUGCAAUUAAUUGGUAUUUUUUCUCUUCAGGCUGUGUGGAAGCUCGUUUUGGCGGAAGGAGAAAAGGCUGCUCUUAUAGCCGUCGCCGCUGCGGAUGAAGUCGGCGUCUACGGCCUCGUGGCUUCCCUCGGCGCGGCAUUCGCACGAUUGGUGCUACAACCUUUUGAAGAGGCGGCGUUUGUUAUUUUCACGCGCAGUGUCUCUUCGAAGUCGCAAUCAUCGAAGGAAAAGGAAGUCUUCAAUGCAUUAUUACGCGUAGCAAUUAUUUUCGGGAGCACGGCGGUGAGUGUGUGA